AUGUCAUCUAUCCCCCUUCCACGCGAAGCCUCAAAACUCCUCAAACCAGGCUACGCGCAACUCUUGAAUCUGCUCCAAAACACCAUAGGCGUCGACCCUCUAACGCUAGUGAACAUCGGCCUUUUUGUGGCUGGUAUCUUCACUUUUCUACGGUACCUCUUUACGCGCAUCAUAAUACUCUGGGUAACCGUUCGCAUAAACGAGGAUGAUCAGUUGUACCAAAGCCUCAUGCGAUGGAUGGCAGACCACCAAUUCAUGAACCGCCAGUUCCGCAGCGUGAAGGCCGUUAGCGCAUCCAAGAGUUCGUGGGAGGAUGAGGAAGACGCUCUCAAAUCCAUGACAACUGCAGGUGGUAGUGGGGACAAGAAGAUUCUCACGGAGCCAGAUCCGAAUAAUCUGAUUAGCUAUCGGACUAUUGUCGGCAGGUCGCCCAUCAGUCUACAGCCUUUUCAGGGCACGCAUAUCUUCCGUCGUCAUGGGAGCUGGAUCCUGUUUCAGCAUGUGAUUCGGAAGGGCAGUGAGUUGGUGCCACAGGAUAGGGAAAGCGGUUAUAUCCAGAUGAAAUGUGUUGGGUCGUCGUUUGCGCCUGUACAGAGCCUGCUGGAAGAAGCGCAGCUGUAUCAUCUUGAAAGAACAAAGACGACUACGACGGUGCAUAGAGCCAUCUCAAAUGUGCGGGAGAUGAUUCGUUGGACGACGUUUAGUGCUCGACCCUCGAGGGAUAUGUCCACUGUCAUAUUUGAUAAAAAGACUAAGCAGAAGUUGCUGCAAGAUAUUAAUGAGUAUCUACAUCCGCAUACGAGACGGUGGUAUGCGAAUCAUGGCAUUCCCUACAGACGCGGUUACCUGUUCUCGGGCGCACCGGGUACCGGCAAGACGAGUCUGACAUCUGCUUUGGCAGGCGUCUUUGGUUUGGAUAUCUACGUAUUGAGUCUACUAGAUCCGAAUAUGAAUGAAUCGGCCUUGAUGAGGUUGAUGUCGGAGGUUCCGUCGCGAUGUAUUGUCUUGUUGGAGGAUAUUGAUGCCGCGGGUUUAAAUCGUCCGGCUAGUGAGCCUAAACCAAGACUGGGCAGAAGAGGCAAGGGAGACAAAACAGCGGACUCGAAUGCUCUGAGUGUAAUUCCAGGGGCUGAUCAAGGGGCUUUGAAUGCUAGCAAUGCCUCCGCAGCGACGUCGGUUUCCUUGUCCGGCUUACUCAAUGCAAUCGAUGGAGUAUCUUCGCAAGAGGGACGAAUUCUUAUCAUGACCACGAAUUCACCGGAAUCUUUGGAUAAGGCUUUGAUCCGCCCGGGUCGCGUUGAUAUGCAUAUUGCUUUUGAACUUCCGACCAGGGUCGACAUGCAAGAGUUGUUUCUGUCCAUGUAUCGAGACGACACUGCUGGUGUAGCUCAUGGUAGUGAGUCGAUCAACACCAGCGAGGAACAAGAAAAGAAAGAUGAUCGGCGUUUGGAGAGGUUUGCCAUAAGAUUCGCAGAGUCUGUCCCAGAGAGAAAGUUCAGUCUUGCAGCCCUGCAAGGUUUUCUUCUACAGUAUAAGAGAAGUCCUGAAGAGGCGUGUAGCACGGCAGCUGAAUGGGCGGAGAUCACAUUGCAGAAAAUGGCCGAGGAGGAUGAAGAAUAG